AUGUCUCCAUGCCACGAUACCAAAUCAUCUCGUGGCAUCACAAAGUCCUGGUCUUCCGGACGCAUUCUUACUGAACCGCAGCGACAACAAAAGCGUAAUCGAGACAGAAUCACCAAAGAAAAGCACAGAAAAGAAGAGAGGAAAGAGAAGGAAGAGCUUGAACUCAAAUUAUCCGCUCUAGAGCAAGAUCUUCACUACCUCCGCGAAGUGUUGGCUUUCUCAAGUCUGGAGUCUGGACAAUGCAAUUACAAUCUCACUAGGCAACUUCCCCAGGAUUCUGAAUCCGGCUUAGCGGUUUCUCGCAUUACCAGUGACCAAAAUUACACUUUGAAAAACUACAGCGAUCAGCUUCUAGGACGGGUACAUAACCUUCCACCAUCCUUAGUGUGUUUCAGUGACCCCACCAACCAGGAUGUCCUGAUCCGUGGAAUUCUAUUCGGGUGGGACAAAGUGAAAAAUGGUGGUUUCUGGUGUCCUCUCUGGGAAAUUCUGUAUCAGCUUGAUGCCAUGUUCAUUCGAAGCAGACUUUUGACUCGUAUUUGUAUGCUAAGAACGAUACACUUGUUGCUUCAGACAGGCCUGGUCUCCGGGAACGCCUAG